AUGGCGAACAAGACAGCGCGCAGAAUUAAAGAAGCCCUGGCCAUCAAGUCGGACAAGUCCCGCCACGAAGAAGUCAGCGCCUGGUCGAACCGCGACCUUAUCCCCUUGCCGCCCUCCCGCCGCACCUGGGGCUGGUUCAACUUUUUCGGCUCCUGGUCGUUAUCGUCUCUCAAUGUCGCAACAUGGCAGACUCCCAACACGUUCCUUACUCAGGGGCUCUCAGUCGGCCAGACUAUGGCCGUCAUCGUCGUCUCGCGCGCCCUCUGCUGCUUCUUCGCCAUUCUCGUGGCUUGGUGCGGUCUGACCUGGCACAUCGGCUUCACCGUCCAGAAUAGAUACACAUGGGGCUUCCGAGCGAGUUUCAUACCGCUGCUACAGCGCAUUCUCCUCAACUUUAUCUGGACCGCUCUCCAGUGCUGGAAUGGAGGUAAACUAGUAACCGUCUGCAUAACCGCAAUCUGGCCCUCCUUUGCAAAGAUUCCCAACACCCUCAGCAAAACCACCCCAACAACAACCUACGAACUCCUAGGCUUCACAGUCUUCUGGAUAGUUUCCCUUCCCUUCCUCUUCAUCCGCCCCGAGCGCUUCAAAAAGCCGUUCUUCGUCUCCUCCGUCGCCUGCGGCGCCGCCAUGGUCGCCUUACUCGCCUGGUCCGUAGUUGUCGCUCGCGGUGUUGGCCCCGUCUUCUACCAGGGCGAGAAAGUACCCACCUCGUCCCGGUGGAACGCUUCAUGGCUGAUGAUGGCGGGGAUUAACCAGGCUAUCGGUGGGAAAGCGGCAGGCAUGACGAAUAGUAGUGACUUUUCGCGGUACGCGAAGAAUAAGAGGGAUUAUAUCGUUGGUACGGUGUCGGUGUACUGGGUUACUGGUGUGCUUGUGUGCCUGGGCGGGCUGGUAACUACCACGGCGUGUCAGAAGAUCUACGGCCAGAUUUAUUGGAACCCGCCUGAUUUGUUGAUGGUUAUGAUGGACCACGGUCAAGGCUCCCCCGGCUCCCGCGCCGCAGUCUUCUUCCUCGCCCUCGCCUUCGCCUUCACCUCCAUGUUCGAAAACGUCUGCUCCAACGCCGUGGCGGGCGGCAUCGACCUCGCCGGCCUCUUCCCGCGCUACCUCGACAUCCGCCGCGGUGCCCUCCUCACCUUCGCCGCCGCCUGGAUCAUCCAACCCUGGCAGCUCAUCAGCCAGGCCGCCACCUUCGUCGCCGUCCUCAACUCGUUUGCCGUCUUCCUCGCGCCCAUCAUGGGCGUCAUGGUCUGCGACUAUUUCGUCCUGCGCCGUCGGCGUGUCCGGCUGACGCACCUGUUCAACCCGGAGGGAUCCGAUUAUUGGUACCAGCACGGCAUCAACUGGAGGGUGAUCCCGUGCUGGGUUGCGGGUUGGGCGCCGACGGUGGGCGGGUUGAUUGUGAGUGUGGGGGGUGUGGGCGGUGCGCCGGACGCGGUGUACGAGCUGUACUAUGUUGCGUUUUUCAUUGGGUUUGUGAUUUCGUUUGUUCUGUGA